AUGACGCUUAUUACUACCGUAGCUGCCGACCUCGGUUUUGGGCUUCACUACUGGAACGUCAACCCAGCUAAUGCCCAGCGCAUUCUCCAGCUUUACUACGCUGUGCAGAUGCUUUAUAUCGUCGUCCUUGUACUGGCCAAGCUGUGCAUUGUAGCCCUCUUUGGUCGCCUUUUCCCUGACCGCAGGUUUCAAAUUGUUAACAAGCUGGUCAUUGCUUUUCUUGUCGGUCAUGGACUGGUCUUCCUGUUCGUCAUCAUGUUUGAGUGCACACCCAUUGCCGGGAUCUGGGACCGCACUAUUGAGCGGGAGUGCGUCAAUGUCAACGCGGUGGCCAUGGCUAGCGCGAUUCUCAGCAUCGUGGAAGAUUUUGUUAUCCUUGGCCUGCCCAUCCAUCAACUCAUCAAACUACAACUUGGAAUCAAGAAGAAACUGGCGGUCGGCUUAAUGCUCAGUUUAGGGUCUUUGUAA